UUCUCGCUCUCCCUCACACACUCCCUCGUUCUUUUUAGCAGCAACAGACAGGCCGGCCAUAUUAGAGAUGGAAAUAAAGCUUCCUUAACGCUGUGUGUGUCAUUGCAGUACACCCGGGUAUCCUAUUUAUUUUUUUGGCCCCUAACAAUUCCUCCCGCGCAGCCCUCGGCCGCCCUCGCCCACAUCCCAGGGCUCCCAGGCUCUGGAAAUGCACAGACAUGCCUGGCUCCCGCGCCCUGCCUUCGGCCUCACGGGCCUCGGUCUCUUUUUCUCUCUGGUGCCGCCAGGGCGCAGCAUGGAAGUCACGGUGCCCACCACCCUCAACGUGCUCAAUGGCUCCGACGCCCGCCUGGCCUGCACCUUCAACUCCUGCUACACCGUGAACCACAAGCACUUCUCCCUGAACUGGACCUACCAGGAGUGCGGCAACUGCUCCGAGGAGAUGUUCCUCCAGUUCCGCAUGAAGAUCAUCAACCUGAAGCUGGAGCGGUUCCGGGACCGCGUGGAGUUCUCGGGGAACCCCAGCAAGUACGACGUGUCCGUGACGCUGCGGAACGUGCAGCCGGAGGACGAGGGCCUCUACAGCUGCUACAUCCUGAACCCGCCCGACCGCCACCGCGGCCACGGCAGGAUCCAGCUGCGGGUCCUCAUGGAGGAGCCCCCCGAGCGGGACUCCACGGUGGCCGUGGUCGUGGGCGCCUCGGUCGGAGGCUUCCUGGCCGUGGUCAUCUUGGUGCUGAUGGUUGUGAAGUGUGUGAGGAGGAAAAAGGAGCAGAAGCUGAGCACCGAUGACCUGAAGACCGAGGAGGAGGGCAAGACGGACGGCGAGGGCCACGCUGAGGACGGUGCCAAGUAGCAGCGGCCGGCGCCCCGCGCCCAUCCCCGCCCCCGCUCCCCUGUGCAGUGUGCCCCCGCCUCGGUGUGCGCUUCUCUUGGGCCAGGUCCCAGGGCCGGCCUGCGCCUCCCAACCCCUCACUGUCCCCCCACUGCAUCAGCCACCCACCUCUCUCAUGGGAGAAGCCCGCCGUGGAGUACGGGAUGUGAGGGCCCUGGAGGAGGGAGAAGGGGUCCCGCUGCCCCUGAGGGGAGGGGAGGCCG